UGCAGCAGCCAUUCAACUCCACGAAACCAUCAACCUCAUCACAGCAACACCUUCAACCCGCCGCUUUCAAUCCUUCAACCCUUCAACCACACCAUUCAAAAUGUCGCUUACUGAAGAACGGGAGCUCCAAAUCACCCCGCUGGUCGUGGAAAAUGUCAUGCACAACACCAAGACGAUAACCGACAUUCGCUCCCUCACAUCCUCCGUCCUCGGUGUCGCAGCGGGUAUCCUCGGCCUCGAGUCGCUCGUGGGGUUUAUCUUCUACCUCGUGGGCAGCUUAUUUGUCGGAGUACUCAUGCUCCUCCUCAUCGCCGACCGCGCGCCAAAAAGCUACUUCCAAAGCCAAUUCGACAUCUGGGCGCAUGAGGUGUUCGGAACGAAUUCAUUCUUCUCUUUCGUGUUGACAUGGACGCUAUUCUACAAUCUUGUGCGGGCAUGAAGGGAUACCUGGUUAGGGGAUGUGUAUUUAAUAGUGGUGGCAUCGGCGUCUGGUGUUCUGUUCUUGCGACAAUGACAAUGAUGACAGUGGUGGAAAUGUUUGAACUUUUGUAAUAACGCACCGGACU